UGCCAGUACCAAAAUUCUGUUCGGGGCGGGAGCCUUCACGUUUACUAGGGUCUUGUUGGAUUUUGGCGAAUAUUGCAAACAUAAUGUGAAUUCAACUCGUUUGUGCGCCAUUUCUUUCUCAAAAACGCCAAAAAUACACCACCCAAGGCUUCAACUAGGACCUGGAAAAGUAUUUCUUUUAUCUAUGAUGUUAAUACGUAGUUUUGAAGGCGAUGAAGUGAGUUUGUAGCCUUCGAUAUGGCAGAAACUAACCUUGAACCAGAAAGAGGAACUACUUCGUAUAAAGUCUCCGACAAAACAAAAACUAAACCUGCUCCAAUAGAUUCGCCAUACAGAUUUUAUUGUUAUAUCGAAAGUAACGAAAAACGAAUUUAUUUCCAUAAGAUAUCUGCAACCCAAGCCAUGGCAGGGAAUUACGAAAAGACAGACACAAUAAAGGUGACCACCCCAAGAUCUAAACUGGGACAUAGAAGAGUUGAUGAGAAGGGAGAGACCACUUAUAAAAAGACUCCUUCAUCAGCAUUGAUGUCUGCUAUACAGCUAGGCAUUGGAUUUACAGUUGGAAGACUGUCGGCUAAACAAGAACGUGAUGUACUCAUGCAAGACUUUGCUGAAAUUGAAACUGUAUGGUUUCCAAGCGAGGGAACAAAAGGAACACCUUCACAUAAAUUUAGCGACUUUAAAUUCAAAUCAUUUGCUCCUGUUGCUUUUAGAUUCUUUAGAGAUCUUUUUAGCAUGAAACCUGAUGAUUUUAUGAUGUCCCUGUGUAACGAGGGUUUGUUAGAGCUGUCCAAUCCAGGAGCAAGUGGUUCUCUCUUUUACGUUACUAAUGACAAUCAAUUCAUAAUUAAGACUGUUGAUCAUAAAGAAGCUGAUUUCUUGCAAAAACUGCUGCCAGGAUAUUAUCUGAAUCUCAAUCAAAAUAAGAAAACUCUACUACCAAAGUUUUUUGGUCUUUUUUGUUAUCAGUGUGGAGGAAAAAAUAUCAGAUUGGUUAUAAUGAAUAAUCUGUUACCCACAGUUUAUAAGUUCCACUGGAAAUACGACCUAAAGGGUUCAUCAUACAAACGAAGGGCAUCCAAAACUGAACGAGCCAAAGCAACUCCUACACUGAAAGACUUGGACUUUCUUUCCGACCAUCCAGAGGGUAUAUUUCUGGAACCAGAUACAUAUAAUUCAUUAGUGAAAACAAUCCAGAGAGAUUGUAGGGUAUUAGAGAGUUUUAAAAUCAUGGAUUACAGUUUAUUAUUAGCAAUACAUAACCUAGAUGAAGCACAGCGAGAAAGACAUCAAGAUGGUACCUUAACACCAUCAGGUCACAUGGCAGCAGAUAGACAGACAACAAGCCUUGACUUGGAUAACAUAACAA